AAAAAGGACUCCUAAAAAACCACAAUCAGCGCUUCCCCACUUUCUCCUCGCUGCCGCUGCCGACUCCUCUUCUUCCUUCCGCCUCCCGCACCCUCGCCGGAACCCUACCCCUGCUCACCGGCCCCUCAGCCUGAUCCCCUCCUCCCCCGAUCGAUCGCCGGGUUCCGCAGCAUCCCGGGGCCCGAAGCGCAAUGGACUCGGACUCCGACGUGCCCGUGCCGAGCGACGAGGAGAUGGGGGACGACGAGGACUACUACUACGACUACAGCGACGACAACGGCGGGAGCAGCGACGGCGGUGAAGGCGGCGGCGUGGACGAGGAAUCCGGCGACGAGCAGCUAGACGCCGGCGAGUACGAGGGGAGCGUCGAGGCCGUCUCCAGGCGCGAGCAGAGAUAUAUUGUUCUAAACGAAACGGAUAUAUCUGAACGUCAAGAGGAAGAUAUAAGCAAGGUGUGUGCAAUACUGUUGAUUCCAAGGGAAGAAGCAUGUGUCCUUCUUCACCACUAUAAAUGGAACAUCAGCAAGCUGAAUGAUGAAUGGUUUUCUGAUGAAGAAAAAGUCCGUGAUAUUGUUGGCUUACCUAUCAAUGGGAUCGAAUUUCAGAACUCUAGGAAGCUAACUUGUGGAAUAUGUUUUGAAGGGUAUUCUUCUGAUAUGAUGAGUUCUGCUGGUUGUGCCCAUUUUUAUUGUCAUGAAUGUUGGGGAGGUUAUAUCAGUUCUGCAGUAAGUGAUGGUCCAGGAUGUUUGUCAUUGCGUUGCCCUGAUCCAUCUUGCAGUGCUGUGGUUCUUCAAGGGAUGAUCAAUAAAUUAGGUAAAGAUGAAGAUAAAGAAAGAUAUGCGCGAUUUGCCUUGCGUGCAUAUGUGGAAGGUAGCAGGAAGACCAAAUGGUGUCCAGCUCCUGACUGUACAUGUGCGGUGGAAUUUCUUAGUGAUGGGAACUAUGAUGUCUCAUGUAAUUGCAAUUUCAGAUUUUGCUGGAAUUGCACAGAGGAAGCUCAUAGACCAGUGAACUGCGCAACCGUUUCUAAGUGGAUUCUGAAAAACAGCGCAGAAUCUGAAAAUAUGAAUUGGAUACUGGCUAAUUCUAAACCUUGCCCGAAAUGCCAACGACCGAUAGAGAAAAACCAGGGAUGCAUGCAUAUGACUUGCACUCCUCCUUGCAAAUUUGAGUUCUGCUGGUUAUGUCUGAGUUCAUGGGCAGAACACGGCGAGAGGACUGGUGGCUUUUAUGCUUGCAAUCGUUAUGAAUCAGCAAAGAAGGAGGGAAUUUAUGAUGAGACUGAAGCAAGGAGGGAAAGGGCUAAAAACUCGCUCGAGAGAUAUAUGCAUUACUACGAACGCUGGGCAUCUAAUCAGACAUCGAGGCAGAAGGCACUAGUAGAUCUGCAAAAGGCGGAAAAGGAACACCUUAAAAAGUUAACUAACUCAUAUGGAAUACCGGAGACACAACUAAAGUUCAUUACUGACGCUUGGUCACAGAUUAUAGAAUGCAGGCGAGUGCUGAAAUGGACAUAUGCAUAUGGCUAUUAUCUGGAGGACAAGGUCAAGAGUGAAUUUUUCGAGUACCUGCAAGGUGAAGCUGAGUCUGGUUUGGAACGUCUUCAUCAAUGUGCUGAGAAAGAGCUGCAAGGAUAUUUGCCUUUCUCAAAACAUAGCAAUGACACACUUCCUUCACCGGCUGAAUUUAGUGAUUUCCGUGUGAAGCUUACUGGGCUGACAAGUAUAACUCGGAAUUACUUCGAGAACCUUGUCCAAGCACUGGAAGGAGGGCUGGAGGAUGUUAAGUAUAACGCGGAGGCUGCUACCUCCAGCGCUGCAACCACCUCCAAGAUAGCAGGCACCAAGGCCAAAGCGACGAAGAAGCAGCGCUCCGGAUCAUCUUCGGACCACUCGGAUGAUACCUGGCCAUGCGAGCGCUGCACAUUCCUAAAUCCCAAUGCGGUGGAUCUGUGUUCCGCCUGCUCUAAGCCUCGGUACAACGCAUGAAAAAAACAUGUGGGUGCUUAUGCUUUAGACGGAUGCAAACGGCGGUGCAUAUAGUGGGUCGAAGGUUCUAACAUUGUGUUAUCUAGAUCCUUGGAGCCCUGCAAUGGUGGAUUUGGCAUGCGGAAACUGGAGCCUCUUGCGUGCGUGUGUUGUUUGUCUGUUGUAAAUAAUGGUUAUGAAGGAACUGUUGUGUUAUGUGGUGUGUCUAUUCUCACCCAGCUUAUGGAAUUGGCGUUACCUCAGUUUAUAUCUCCAGUAAAACGGCAGACAUUAUCCUACUAGUAGACAUCGAUUUGCAGUACGGUCCUGCUCAUUUUCCCCAAGUUUUCGUUGGGCUUGAACUGACAUCCCAACCUAUAAUACUGUAAAAAAAAGACGACGUCCCAACCUA